GACAAUUCUGGCGAUGCUCGGUGCGAAACAAGACAGUAAAAUGUCCGGCAUCCGUGAAACAGUACCGCGACAUGUUCACAUCGGGUGUAGCAGGACACGUUCAUCCACAAGAUCCUGGUGCUACAAAAAAGAUGAAAAUAGCUAAGAAGGUGAAGGAACUGGCGCGAGAACGUGUCUUUGAGCCAGCCGCCGUAAUCGUGGAACGUGUCAUGAAGGAUAUGGUGGCACCAAACGAUGUCAGCCUACCCAAACCAGCAAAUCUAGUUCGUGUUGUCAACCACCACAGACGUCUCCGUCCCGAUGAUCCUAAAGACUUAGCGUUUGAGCUUGACAGAAACUUCAUCGGAGAAGACUUCAUAGUGGACGACCUUGUUCUGGACGGUGCUCGACACAUCGUCUUCGGAACGCAGCGCCAGCUGGAUAUACUACGACAGGCAAAGAUGUGGUAUAUGGAUGGCACCUUCAAGGUGGUAAAGCAGCCGUUUUACCAGCUACACUCUAUCCACACAUUUGUGAAGAAGGGGGAAGAUGAGAAGCAGGUGCCACUGGCGUACGCUCUGAUGUCGAGGCGAAGUAAAGAUGAUUACGUUCAGGUUUUCAGGAGUCUACGUCGCAGACUGGGGGAUCUCUCUGUAGAGUGGAUUAUGUUAGACUUUGAAGCUGCAACUUGGCAGGCGAUAAGAGAGGUUUUUCCUGAUGCCGUGAUACGGGGAUGCGUCUUCCACUUUACACAGCGGAUAUACAGGAAGAUCACCACAGAGGGACUGAGUACCGCGUAUCAGCAACAUGGUGACAAGUUCGAGUUCUUCAGGAAAAUUAUGUCCCUUCCUUAUCUACCAGUUGAACAGAUUGAACCGGCAUUCAACAGGCUGAUGGAGGUAGCUGAAGGAGUCGGGGGUCCCGUACUGCGGGUAUGCGAGUACAUUUCCCGUACAUGGAUCCACGGCAGUGUAUGGCGACCCCUCAAUUGGUGCGUGUUUAGAGAGGAGGUGCGAACGAACAACGACUUGGAAGGAUGGCAUAGACGCAUCAACGCACGAGCGUGUUCAGCCAACCUCGGGCUUUACAAGUUGGCCAACCUUCUCAGAGAGGAAUCUGAGACUGUUGAUCUUCAUAUACGGCUGGUGAGCCAGCACCUUCUCACGAAGAUCAGGCGGAAGAAGUAUGUUACGAUACACGGCAGACUGCAUCAAGCAUGGGAUGACUACGAAGAAGAGAAGCUGACAACAACUGAACUUCUGAGGAUCAUCAGCCACAUCAAUGCCCUCGGACCAUCCACAGCGGUCCACCACAUGCUCGACGACGACGAGGCUUGAAAGAUGAACGACUGAUAUGGUUGAAAUGUAACAUUAAAUUGAACAGUGUCGUACAUGUAUCUAAUUUGUAUUAGAAAAUCUGAAUGAUAAAAAUGUGUGAUAAAAAUGUAAAAAUAUUGUAGUGCGUCAAAAAUGUAUCUAAUUAAUAUGUGCUUACUCCCUCAUUUUUUUUAAAUGACAUGAAAUAUUCAAAUAUAUAUAUAUAGUAUCCAAGGUUUAGUUGUUGCUUAUUUAUAUUAUAUGGUAAAUAAAACGGAUUACAAAGUA